CAGGUUUACGGAAUUUCCAUUCAGUACAAUUUUGGUAUAAAAAGGGAACCGAAAAAACCAUACUACUAUAAAUCUGUAGAUGAUAUAUGUAUAUUGAGUGGAAAAUUUCUAAGUCGGUGACCUAGAGACCAAAAUCAGUCAUUAUCGGUUAUCGAAGAAAGAAAGUUCGACGUAGAAAUCCGCAAAAUGGGCCCUUUACUCUUCCUCGUUUUCGUCGCCCAUGCCCUUGCCCAAACCCAGCCGUCAUGCGACAGCAAGAUCUACUGCCAAGGCGACCUCUUGCACACCAUCCAAAUGGCCAAACCCUUCGAAGACUCCAAAACCUUCGUCGACAUGAAACUGAAGCAUGACGAAAAAACGACCCUUGACAACUUCGACGUUUUCAUCACCAACACCAACAACAACCCGACAAAGGAGGAGGUGCAGCAGUUCGUUAGCGACAAUUUUGAAGAGGGCAACGAGUUCGAGGACUGGGUGCCUUCGGACUAUACCCCAAACCCGCAAAUUCUGUCCAAGAUAGCCGACACGGAAAUCAGAAAUUUCGCAAGUAAGUUGGUGGCAAUUUGGCCCAAACUUGCCCGAAAAGUGAAGCAAGAGGUCUUCGACACGCCUGAGUUGUACACGCUUUUGCCAGUGGAACACGGGUUUAUUGUACCCGGGGGGCGGUUCAAGGAGUUUUACUAUUGGGACUCCUAUUGGAUUAUCAAGGGGCUUUUGGUGUGCGAAAUGUACGAUACUGUUAAAGGUAUGUUGGAUAAUUUCUUGUCGAUUGUGGAGAAGUACGGGUUUUUGCCCAAUGGUGCUAGGAUAUACUACCUGAAUAGGUCGCAGCCGCCGCUUCUGACUCUCAUGGCUGCUACGUACAUCCAAGCGACUAACGAUACGACUUGGUUGCUCAACAACAUCAAAACUCUAGAUAAAGAGUUGAGGUUCUGGUUGGACAAUAAGGUGGUGACUGUUCCCAAAAACGGGAUUAAUUAUACUCUAGCCCACUACGACUCUGAAAGUGGUAGCCCGCGUCCUGAGUCCUACUACGAAGACGUCGACACCGCCAGGCGCCUUCCCAACGAAGAAGACAGGAUCCAGUUGUACGCGGACUUGAAGAGCGGCGCCGAAAGCGGCUGGGACUUCUCCAGUAGGUGGAUAGUAGACGAAAAUGGUACCGCCAACGCCAACCUGACCUCCCUGCAAACCCGAAGAAUCAUCCCGGUCGACCUCAACGCCUUCCUGUGCCAAGCGUUCCGCAAACUAGGAGAACUCUACGUGAUCAUCCACGACUUCGAAAACGCCGUCUACUGGUUCGAGAUGGCAAGCAUCUGGCAGAAGAACAUCCAGGACGUUCUUUAUAACGAAGAAGACGGCAUUUGGUACGACUGGGACAACGUUCUGGGUCAACACAGGAAGAUCUUCUUCGCUUCAAAUUUUGCCCCAUUGUGGUCUGAAACAUACGAACUUCAAAACGCAGAAGUGUUGGGACAGAGGGCGGCCGACUAUUUUGACAGCCAGGAACUGAUGAACUACCAAGGUGGUAUCCCGACGUCGGUUAGACAUACGGGUGAGCAAUGGGACUACCCCAACGCUUGGCCACCACUACAGUCCAUCGUGGUAAUGGGUUUGGACAAAACUGGGAAUUGUAAGGCGAAGUCGAUUGCGAAAGAGUUCGCACACAGGUGGAUUGUGGCUAAUAUGAUUGGGUACAACCAGACCAACGAGAUGUUUGAGAAGUACGACGCUGAGAACCCUGGACAGUAUGGUGGAGGGGGAGAAUACAAAGUACAAAGCGGGUUUGGGUGGACGAAUGGUGUCGUGUUUGAGUUUAUAGAAAGGUUCUUUACCACGACGUCCAAGAAGAUGGCGUAAUUUGAAAAAGUAUUUUUUUAUUUAUUAAAUGUGAUAUCGGAGUAAGUUAUAUUGUUGUAGGUCAAAAUGAUAAAUAAAUUAUUGUUAAGUGUG